GACGAGCCGCAGUCAAAGCGAGCUCGUUUAGACUCUACACCUCCACCUGGAGACCAACAUGACGAACAAGUGGAACAAACAGAUUCGACCGAUCUUUAUUUAGACACGAUCAAUCGCCACAUGCUUGACUUUGAUUUUGAAAAAGUGUGUUCGGUUUCACUUUCACAAAUCAAUGUGUAUGCUUGUUUGACCUGUGGAAAGUACUAUCAAGGACGCGGUAAAUCAUCGCAUGCCUAUUUUCACAGUAUGGAUAAAGAUCAUCACGUCUUUAUUAAUUUGUCCACUUUAAAGGUGUACGUGCUUCCUGACGGUUAUGAAGUCGAUAAUCCUUCACUUAACGAUAUCAAGUACGUCUUGAACCCAACAUUGACGAAAGCGCAAGUAGCUGAAUUAGACACGAAUUUCAAAACGUCGUACGAUUUAAACAAUAAGAAAUAUUUGCCUGGAUUUGUAGGAUUAAACAAUGUGAAGGCUAAUGAUUAUGUCAAUGUGAUUAUUCAAGCCAUGGCUCAUAUUCCACCCAUUCGUGAUUACUUCAUCCUGACCGAUUUUGAAAAAAAGGGCUCGUCGCAACUGGUGUGUCGACUAAGUGCCUUGAUUCGAAAGAUGUGGAACCCUAAGGCGUUUAAAGGACAAGUCAGUCCUCAUGAACUCUUGCAGGAAAUUUCAAAUGCAAGUGGAAAACGGUUUAAAUUGACAGAACAAAGUAACGCUAUUGAUUUCUUGUCAUGGUUUCUAAAUACGUUGCAUAAGGAUUUAGGUGGUACCCGAAAGAAGAAUAGCAGCAUCAUUUAUAGACAGCUUCAAGGUGAAGUCAAGGUAGAAUCUCAGGAUUUUGGACCUUCUCAUCAGACGACGGAAAAGGAAGCGCUAUUGAUGUUUGAUGAACAAAAGGAAAUCAAGACAACGAUCUCACCCUUUUUAUUCUUGGCUUUGGAUUUACCAUUAGCACCAUUAUAUCAAGAUGAAAAGGAUAAAGAAAUUGUACCUCAAGUACCUUUAACGACGAUCCUUGCUAAGUUCGAUGGACACAAAGUACAAGAAGUGAACAACCAGAUGAAGCGUUAUAGUAUCACGCGUUUACCUCAGUUCUUGAUCUUUCAUAUCAAGCGAUUUCACAAGAAUAGUUGGACACAUGAAAAGAAUCCUACCAUUGUGAAUUUCCCUAUUAAAAAUGUGGAUAUGUCCAAAUGUGAGUAUUUUGGGUAUGUGUAUAUAGCGGUUUUACUUAUACGAUUGAUUAGUUACAAGUGAUCCUGAUGCUGAAAAGGUGGGAGACCAUUAUGAUUUAUUGGCCAAUAUUUGUCAUGAUGGUAAACCUGAUGCGGGUAAAGGUACAUACAAGGUUCAUGUGCGUCAUCGUGGUACAGAGCAAUGGUAUCAAAUUCAAGAUUUGA